GUCGGCCAUCUCCCUGCGCCAGCAAUGGCAGCCUCUAGCAGCAGCAGCAGCGAGGAGGAGCGCAGCCUCCGAGAGUGUGAACUCUACGUGCAAAAACACAACAUCCAGCAGCUCCUGAAGGAUUGCAUUGUCCAGCUCUGCACCGUGCGACCUGAAAGACCCAUGGGAUUCCUCAGGGAAUACUUCGAGAGGCUGGAGAAGGAGGAAGCAAAGCAGCUGUUGAACCAACAGAAAUCGGGUUCACGCUCGGACUCACGGGAGGAUGAAAUCUCCCCUCCUCCUCCCAUGAACCCUGUGGUAAAGGGUCGGCGAAGGCGCGGGGCCAUUAGUGCAGAAGUCUACACAGAAGAGGAUGCAGCGUCUUAUGUCAGAAAGGUUAUUCCCAAAGAUUACAAGACUAUGGCUGCUUUGGCAAAGGCCAUUGAGAAAAACGUGCUGUUUGCCCACCUGGAUGAUAAUGAAAGGAGCGACAUCUUUGAUGCCAUGUUUCCUGUCACCUACAUCGCAGGCGAGACUGUGAUACAGCAAGGUGACGAAGGAGACAACUUCUAUGUUGUGGAUCAAGGGGAAAUGGAUGUAAGCAGCCUUCCCUGGGACAUAGCAGAGGUUUAUGUGAACAACGAGUGGGCAACCAGUGUUGGGGAAGGGGGCAGCUUUGGAGAACUUGCCCUGAUCUAUGGGACGCCCCGGGCAGCAACUGUCAAAGCAAAGACAAAUGUGAAGUUAUGGGGCAUCGACAGAGACAGCUACCGGAGAAUCCUCAUGGGAAGUACAUUAAGGAAGAGAAAGAUGUACGAGGAGUUCCUCAGCAAAGUCUCCAUACUGGAAUCUCUGGACAAGUGGGAGCGUCUCACGGUUGCUGAUGCACUGGAGCCGGUGCAGUUUGAGGACGGACAGAAGAUUGUGGUGCAGGGAGAACCCGGUGACGAGUUCUUUAUUAUCUUAGAGGGCACAGCCGCUGUGUUGCAGCGUAGGUCGGAAAACGAGGAGUUUGUGGAAGUGGGCAGACUGGCACCUUCGGAUUACUUUGGUGAAAUAGCUCUCUUGAUGAACCGCCCUCGUGCUGCCACAGUCGUUGCCCGUGGCCCAUUGAAGUGCGUGAAGCUCGACCGCCCCCGAUUUGAACGCGUCCUGGGUCCGUGCUCGGAUAUUCUCAAGCGCAACAUCCAGCAGUACAACAGUUUUGUAUCGCUGUCUGUCUGAGCCCUCCCUCCCUCCAACACAUGCUUCACAAAUGCAGACUGCUUGACUACCCCUGUGCAGAGCCACGUGGCCACUGGCAUUUGCAGCUUCCUGUCUGUUUAAACAAAAAAAUACCCGACCCCAAGCUUUUCUUGGCCCCAUUUUUAAUUUGGAGCAUUAGUUCUGUGCUCUCCCUCCCGGCAAAUAAAUAGAACGAGUUCUAUGGAGAUUUUGCUGUUACUGCUUCUCUCUGUGCAAUGUGUAGUGUCCACCUUGGGCAGCUGCUGCCUUGCUUUGCAGUGGAGAGGUCUCCUGUCCCAGCUAGUUGCCAUAGAGUAAGGAGGUAACAGUGGAAAUGAUUUUUUGUUAAGAUCCUUCUCAAGCUGUCAGGAUCUGUGAGGCUGUGGUCAUGCCCUGCUGGAUUUCUGUUCAAAAGAGAACUUUGCCCCUCACACAGUUGAGUUUCAUUUUUUAAAUUUUCCUGGGUACUGUAAUCCUGGCAUCGGCUGCUGGGAAAAGCCACAGUUGGAGCUUAGCAGUGUCGUACCCGUGUCUGCCAGUUGACGGUUGCUUGGUUCUGUAUUGUCAAGUUUCACGUAAAAAGCUUUUGAGGUUUCUAGUUUUGGUCAACUCUCGCAGAUGUUACUGAAUUCCCUAGUUCACGCCGCAGCCGAUCUUUUGCCUUUCCUGUUUUCAGCUGCGGAUUUGCUUUUCUCAGUUGUUCCUGCUUGUAACCUCAGGAGCCAGACAUUGGGUUAAAUGCCAAUGCUGAACUUCUGUCUCUAGUUCCUUGACUAGAGCCACAGGAACGCCAAAUUUGCGGAGCUCGCGCACUGGGCGCGGUGCGGGAAUUGGCAGCAUACACCUAGUUUUGCUCUCUGAUGCUUGCUUGCUAGAUGCUCCACAGUUGAUUCUGUCCUUUUAAAAGAGUCUCUGCUCAGUUAAUUCCUUGGUAGCAGGGAGACGAGAUUUGCUUGUAUGUGGCCGAGAGCAGCUGGCCCACAGCUGAGCGGGGAUGCCCUGGUUCAGGCAGAACAAGUGAAUGUCCUGAUUUCCUGCUACCGUUCUUUUAAGUAGGUAGAUUUUUAAAUCAACUAGAAGUUAAAACUUUUUAACUGUUCAUUUUAAGUGUACUCUGAGCACACAUGCUGCAUCCUCUCUCCUCCUGCCCAGCCUAGCAGACUUGCAACAUAUUUCUUAUUCUCUCUCCCUCCUUUCCACCCCCCCUCCCCUUUGGACAGUCCAACCUGUUGCGGAGUCUUAAAUGUAUUUCAGUAUUUACCAGCUUUGUGUUGCAUUCUUCGGUGUGCACCAGUACUACACAACCAUUUCUACUGAAUUCCACAGUUCAAUAAUGUAGGCGACUUAAGGUUUCCUUUAAACUGUAAUUUAUAUAAAACUAGAGUAGAGUUGUAUCGGGGAGUGACAGCAAGCGUUUUUGCAUUUGUUACGCAGCUGUUUCUAAUGAGUGAUGCCUCCUUUUAUUAGUAUUAUUCCCCCCCUCCCCCUUCUGAAGGAACCGGCCGUGGUAGACUCCUUUCCAGGCUCAUAGACCAUUUGAAGUGUCUGCGUGACGGACACAGGCUACAGCUGAGGGCAUCAGAUCUUUGCACGAGGCUCUAGGAGGUGUGUAUAUUGUUCCCAAAGUCCCCGCAGCAGGAUUAGCUGUACAGUGCUUGCACUGUGCGAACCAUCUCUGGCCAGCAGCUGCUAAGUGGAGGAUUUCCUACCUGUGCUCCUUGGGAGGAAGCAAACGCUACCUUUUUGUAAAACUGUUUUAUUCAGUUUUGAAUCUAUCCAGGUUAUUUUACUUUGUAUUUUUAGUUACUCUGAAGCUUGAUUUGAUCCUUGUUGAAGCACCAAAAAAACCCAACGUAAACUAGUUAGAGCGCCACAAAAAUGCCCGUUUUUCUAGAAGGCUUUCUAAUCAAGUUUCACGACCGCAUCUUUUUAGCUUGCUGUUUACUCCCUUUUGUAGUUUUACCUACAAGAUUUUAAGAUAAACCAGCUACGUCCAAGUUAAAUAUUAAUCACAGUUAUAGCUUUACCUUUGUGUGCAAUUCAGAUAUGUUUGAAAUCACAAUUGGCAUAGUUUGCCUUAGCUAACAUUCAGGGCUUUAGAAGUAACCUUUUGCUAGGCCACCUUUAGCGAAUUUAUGAAGUCUACCGCCCUAGAAAGCUAUAGUCAACCAGAGGACCAUUUUUGUAUUGUUACCUGACAAUAUAAGUCUGACUUACUGUAUGUGCUAAUAUAUUAUUCCUUUUGUUAUAGAUUGUUCUAAUGGCAGGUAAAGCAAUAAAAAUGAUUUAAAUUCUUAAA